AGAAAAUAACAGCGUAUGUUUGCACCGAGGUACAUAUACAGGUAGUGUCUUUCAGAUUAUUGUAUUAGCCAGUCAGUUUGUUACAUGGGCUCGUAAGAUACAGUCAUGGACAGGAUCAGGUUUAAGGUCAACGGUACUGAGUGCUCAGUGGGAUGCGAGGUCAGCUCGGACGUGACGCUGCUGGACUAUCUCCGCAACUACCUCCAGCUGCGCGGCACCAAGUACAUGUGCCGCGAGGGUGGCUGCGGAGCCUGCAUGAUCACCGCUGCCAAGAGCCCUGGAGCUCCCCAUGUCGCUGUCAAUUCCUGCUUGACAUCAGUCACCUCUUGUGAAGGCUGGGACAUCACGACCAUAGAAGGUCUAGGGAACAGGAAGAUAGGCUACCACCCCAUACAGAAAACCCUUGCAGAACACCAUGGGUCACAGUGCGGCUACUGCACCAUUGGAUGGGUCAUGGCGAUGCAUGGUUUCUUGCAAUCCAAUAAAGACGCCACCAUGUUGGAUGUAGAAAAAGCCUUCGGCAGUAACGUCUGCCGCUGCACAGGCUACAGACCAAUCCUGGAAGCCUUUAAGAAAUUCGCCAAAGACGCUCCAAAAGAAGACAGGAUUCUGGACAUAGAAGACUUGCAGAUAUGCCAGAAGUCAGGGAAGGCUUGCAAUAAGUCCUGUGAUGAAGACGAAUGGUGCUUUGUCCAUGAUGAUGAGGUGAAAGAUGGGGUUAAAAGGAUACUGUUAGCUGAUGGUAGAGUGUGGUACAAGCCAAGAUGGGUUCGUGAUGUGUUCGAAAUACUUGCGCAUGAAGGCUUGCAGUCCUAUAUGUUGGUGGCUGGUAAUACUGCUAAAGGAGUCAUACCAAUAGACGAGUAUCCUCGAGUCUUAAUAGACGUCAGCACUCUUCAGGAGCUCAAGGCUUUUACGUACGACCAGAAUCUCGUGGUCGGUGCUGGAAAUACUCUCACAGACUUCCUCGGAAUAUUGAAGACAGCAUCUCAGACGGAAUACUUUGGUUACUUAAUAAAUCUGUACAACCAUAUUGAUUUAGUCGCCCAUAUACCUGUCAGAAAUGUAGGUACAAUCGCAGGUAAUCUGAUGAUCAAACACAGGGACAACUCCUUCCCAUCUGACAUAUUCUUGUUGCUGUACACCGUUGGAGCCCAGCUUACUAUUGGUGAUAUAACCGGGGCCGCUAUAACAGUAACGAUGGACACCUUCCUAAAGAUAAAUAUGACGGGAAAGAUAAUUUUGAAUGUGCUGCUACCGCCACUGAGUAAUGAAUACAAAUUCUUCUCAUAUAAGCUGAUGCCAAGAGCCCAAAGUGCGCACGCGAUAGUCAACAUAGGAUGUCUUUACAAGCUAACUGCGGGUAACAGGGUCGACAGAGCUAGAAUUGUGUACGGAGGUCUUUCUCCUAAGUUCCUGAGAGCAGUAGCUACUGAGAGCUUCUUACUGAGAAAGCCAUUGUUCGACAAUACCACGUUACAAGCAGCCCUAGCAGUGCUUGAGGGAGAGAUGAUCGUGGAGCCAAAACCACCGGAGCCUUCUGUGGAGUACAGGAGAUUCUUGGCCAAGUCUUUAUUCUUUAAGGGCCUGCUAACACUCUGUCCGCCAUCUAUCAGAGCCUCCCGGUAUGAGUCAGGAGCUAUUAACUUGCAUGCAUCCAGACCAGUGUCAGAUGGUCGCCAGAUCUUCACCACAGAUCCUCAGAAGUGGCCUCUUAAUCAGCCUAUUGCUAAAGUGGAGUCUCUAAUUCAAUGUGCAGGAGAAGCACAAUACACCGAAGACAUGCCAUCCUUACCGAACGAAGUUUUUGCAGCAUUCGUCCUCACAACUGUAGCUCUUGGUACAAUCACCAAAAUAGAUCCAACCGCUGCAUUGGCAUGCCCAGGUGUUGUAGCUUUCUACACAGCAAAAGACAUACCUGGACUUAAUUCCUUUACACCAGCCGAAAGUUUACUAUACCAGAGAAACGAAGAAGUACUAUGCGAUGGAAAUGUCAAAUAUUUCAACCAACCCUUGGGCAUAAUCGUAGCAGAAACCCAACACUUGGCCGACAGAGCUGCCAAACUAGUUAAAGUAACAUAUAAAAAUGUGAAAAAUCCAGUAAUAGAUAUCAAAGUGGCCAAAGCUGAUACUGCAAGGAAUACUCUCUUUACUUCUGUUGAUGCUACUAGUCCUGGUACCGAUGUAUACAAAACUAUUACUGGAAGUAGCACGCUGUAUGGACAGUACGCUUUUACUAUGGAGACAUUAGUUUGUUUAGUCAAACCAACAGAAGAAGGAUUAGAAGUCCACUCCGCUACUCAGUGGCUUGAUGGAACACAUGUCAUGAUUUCUAGAGCUUUGAAAAUGGAUGAAAAUAAAAUCGAUUGCUAUGUGCGUCGUAUUGGCGGUGGAUACGGUAUGAAGAUAUCUCGCAGCAUUCAAUCAGCGGUUGCUUGCAGUCUCGUGGUACAGAAGUUAAAUCGUCCCUGCAGGUUCAUUCAGUCAUUGACCACGAACUUCAAAGCAGUUGGCAAAAGAUUACCUUGUGUUAAUGAUUAUGUGAUCGCAGUGAACAAUGCAGGAGUAAUCCAACGCUUAGACACGACCAUGUAUGAAGACAAUGGUUACACAAUCAACGAGACCCUGACAGCUUUGGGCGCAGGCGUCUACAAUAACUGUUAUGAUGCCACCAAGAUGAACUACAAAGCAUACGACACUGUCACUGAUUUGCCCAAAAACACAUGGUGUAGAUCGCCAGGUACACUAGAAGCCAUAUCAUUUAUGGAAUACAUAAUGGAAAGAAUUUCCUAUGAACUAUCUAUGGACCCAGUUGCCGUGCGUUUGGCUAACCUUGAUGCAACGCUAGCUGAUGAACUAAGAGGAAUGGUUGAUACUCUCAAAACAAAUUCUGAUUUCAAUACUAGACGAGCAGCAGUGGAUUCUUUCAAUACUCAGAACAGAUGGAAGAAACGAGGACUGAGGUGGGCUUUUGCGAGAUGGUCACCAAUUGGUGCACAACGCUUUGAUGUAAAUCUAUCAGUCUUUCAAGGAGACGGGACUGUAGUCAUAACACAUGCUGGUGUGGAAAUGGGACAAGGCAUCAACACGAAAGCAGUACAACUAGCUGCCUACUUCUUAAAAAUACCCAUAGAAAAGAUACAGAUUAAAGGAAAUAACACCAUUAUUGCUCCAAACAGUUUUAUUUCUGGUGGAAGUUUGACUACAACAUCUGUGCUUAUCGGAUUGAAGAGAUGUUGUGAUCAGUUGAAUGAAAGGUUGGCGCCUAUCAGGGCUACGUUGACCAAUCCAACAUGGGAGCAGUUAAUCACUGCUGCUUUUAAUGCUGAUGUCGAUCUCCAGGCACACGGGUUUUCUGGUUUAGGUGACGCUCAGGUUUACAACGUUUAUGGAAUGUGUUUGGUGGAAGUUGAAAUAGACAUAUUGACUGGUGAAUCUGAAGUCUUGAGGGCAGAUAUUCUGCAAGAUGUCGGUGUUAGUGUCAGCCCUGAAAUUGAUGUUGGACAGGUGGAAGGGUCCUUCGUGAUGGGUCUUGGUUACUGGACCUGUGAGAGGCUGCAAUAUGCUGAAAAUGGACAAAUCCUCACAGACAGAACCUGGGACUACCACAUACCGCAGGCGAGAGACAUUCCUCAGGACUUCAGGGUCUAUUUCAAGAAGAAUUCCUACAGCAAUGAUGUUAUUCUAGGAUCCAAAGCAACUGGAGAGCCAGCUAUUUGUUCAACAGUAGCCGUAGCGUUUGCCAUCAGAGAAGCCAUAGCUCAGGCCAGGCAGGAAUCUGGUAUUCCGACCACUCAGUGGUUUAAUAUUGAUGGGCCGUCCACAACUGAAAAUAUUUGCAUGGCAAUAAAAACCAAAACGCAAGACUUUAAGUUUAAUUAGUAUUGGUUAAAAUUGUUUUUUUUUUUUAAUUUUCUAUCGAUUAGUUACCUUUUAUGAAAACUAACCAAAUUGUUUUAUGUUUGUUUUAUUAUUUGUCUAUUCAGCAUAAUAAGCUACCUGAAACUUUCUAAUUUGAACUUAAACUUUACCCAACAAUAGGGUUUAAAAUCUGUUUAAGUUUGAGUGUAGCUUACUCUGCUUGUUGUAUGUACAAAUGAUUGUGUUUUGUGUUAAUUUUUUUAUUGUUAUACAUAGCUACUUAAUAUUAUACAUUUUUAUAAAUAAAUAUUUUUAUUGUAUGUAGAGAAAUAACGUAUUAUGGCUCUACACAUAGGUACUUAUACAAAACUGAAUUAAAGCCAUAUUUACAUUACAAUUAAAUGUUUUUACUUUUAGAAA